CUAUUAAUUACACAACCAACAUUAACACUGUGUGUUCGGUAAUAAUUUGAAGCUGCGAUUUCCUUUUCUUCGAGAAAUCGAAUCAUCUUCUUUACUUUCCUCAGAUUAAAGCAAUAAAGUGUUAAUCGAAUCGACUUUCUGGAGAUCGAUCUUCAACAUAGAGUUGAUAAAGAGAGGAAUAUGGAGGGAUGACGGCGGCGGAGAGAUGGCGAGGGGAGGAGGAGAAUGGACAGUCACCGGAGGCGGAGUUGUCUCGUACAAAAGAAUAACACUACUCGUUUGCUCUUUCAACAUUCUCAUCGCUCUCUUUGUUCUUCGCUUUCUCUAUGCUUCUUCUCUCCACUUCUAUCCCAAUCACCACAAUGCUGUUAGUUACACGUCAGAUGAGAUUAGGAAAAUGGAGGAAUCUACUCGGAUUCGAAGAUCCAAACAUCCUUCUGAGCUUGUUAGAUUGGUGAAGAAGCUGAGACAUGAUGUCGCCACUUCAGAAUCAAGUGUUGAACUCUCUCCUAAUGUAAAAGGCAAACUAGUUGAUGAGAUCUUGGAGCGUUUGAAAAGAUUAGAGGAGAAGUCUAAUGUUACACUGGUCAGAGAAGCUGUAGAAACGUGGCGCAGUGAGAAGCUGAAGGAAGCUAAAGAGCUGAUUCAGGAACAAAAUGGGGUUAAUUCCACCUUGAUAGUGGAGGAAGCAGGGAUGCUUGUAAGAGCGUUGGAGUUGGAGUGGGAUGCGUUGUCUGAAGAGAUUGGGUUUUGGUUACCUGCUGAGGUUCACAAUGAAGAGCACGAUGAUAAACCUGAAGGAGAGGAAGAGCCUGAGGAAAUAUUAGCAGGGAGACCAGUGCCAGCUGUAUGUAAUGUAGAGCUUCACACAGAUUACGGUGGUGCUGCAGUGAGAUGGGGACUUACACAUCACAAAGAGAGUGCAGCUGAUUGUUGCCAAGCUUGCUUAGACCAGGCAAAGCGUGCGAAACCUGGAGAAAUGAGAUGCAACAUUUGGGUUUAUUGCCCAUCUGAGUUUGGUUGCUUUUCUCCAGAUAUUUAUGAGCAUAAACAUCAGGAAUGUUGGCUUAAAUACGCAGAGAAGCCAAAACGGACCUUUAAAGACAGAUACUCAGAGGCUUACAGAAAUAACCACCCAAAAGCGCCUACUAUUGUUCCAUGGGUUUCAGGUGUUGUAACGGCUUGAGCUAAAACCCCUUGUGGACAGGACAGUAGGAGAGAAAUAGUGUUUGGUUAUUUCAUGUUGUGUUGCCAUUCUUCAGUCUUGAAAGUUGAAGUACCGGACCAAGAUGCUAACAUCUUUGGCCAGUUGUAUACGAGAAUAUAAUGUUUUUUUUUUGUUUCUUGAUUUUAUUUGUUUGUCUUUGCAACACAUACCAUAACACAUGGUCGAAAGUCGAAAUAUGGCAUCACGAAUCAUGUUUUUUUUUUUGUCUAAUGUUGUUCAACUCU